AAAUACUAUCCGCCGGACUUCGACCCGUCAAAGAUCCCGCGCCUACGGCUGGCGAAGACGCGUCAGUACACCGUCCGACUGAUGGCGCCGUGCAAUAUGCGGUGCGACACGUGUGGCGACUACAUCGCGAAGGGCAAGAAGUUCAACGCCCGGAAGGAGACGGUGGAGGAGGAGACGUAUUUGGGGCUUAAGGUGUUUCGCUUCUACUUCAAGUGCCCGCGUUGUAUGGCGGAGAUCACGUUCAAGACUGAUCCGCGCAACAUGGACUACGAGGUGGAACACGGGGCCACCCCCUGCUUCAAAGCGCUCAAACUCGCAGAACAACAGGCCGUUCAGGAGGAGAAGGACAGGGAGGAGGACGAGAAGUUGAAUCCCAUGAAACUGUUGGAGAAUCGCACCAAACAGUCCCGCAGAGAGUUGGAGAAUAUCGAGGCUCUCGAGGACCUCAAGGAACUCAAUCAACGCAACCGCGCGUUGGUUCACGAGACCGCUGUGGACGCCGUGUUGGCCGCCACCAGCGCUCAGCACCAGGUGUUUAUUCCGCACGACGUGAUGGAGCGCCUGUUGGACACCGAAAUGGCCGCCGAAGAGAAGGAACUGUUGGCCCAAUUGAAUGGGAAGGACGACGAAGAGUCCUCCGAUGACGAGGUUUUGCCCAAAUUUGGUGUCACUUUUGAUACGAUUGAUAAGGAGUUCACUAAAAAUGGUAACAAUAGUAGUAAUAAUGGGAAUAAUUUGUCGGCCAAAGAGUCGGCCGCAGAGAACUCGGCGUCGAAAGAGUCGUUAAAACGAAAGAUCGGGAAACUAGUGGUCGUUAAGAAGAAGCCUAAAAGCGAUGAUAACGUAUCGGACGCUAAAUUGGCCCAAAAGACCAGUAAUACGACGAGUAUUACG